CUAAUUUCAGCUAUAAAUAAGAGUCUUCAGCUAUAAACUAGGGUAUUAGAGAAGAGAAAUAGACAACCAGCGGUAUUCUUCAUAUUUAUCUCUUUGUUUUCAGUUUUAUUUUAGUUAAGGGGUAAAGGGUCGUAUUCGCUAGCGUUUGAGAAGGAGCAUCAUCCCCAGCCGAACGCACAGCAAUCUGGUCCAACAUCCCUGCCUAUUCCUCAAAGGUAGGCCCUGAUUAAAUAAUCCUUAACUGUCUGAUCAUCCAUGUUGCAACGAUUCUCCUGUACUGUACGAUUCUCCCGGGGAGCUCGACGAUCUAGAUGGAGAUGACGGGGUCUCUCCCUGUGCCCAGCGUGCAGGCCAUGGUGGCCGCUGGUCGUCAUGCACCAGUGCCACCAAGGUAUCUCCGUCCAGAUCUGGCCGCGGAUGUCGUCGUUGCCGACGACGCGACGACCAUCCCCAUCAUCGACUUCCAGCGACUGCUGCUGGUCGACCCAGAGGAAUCUGCGCGCCUCCAUGCGGCCUGCCAGGACUGGGGCUUCUUCCAGAAGAUGUGCACGCAGCUGAUAAACCACGGUGUUCCGGACGAUGUGAUGGAGGCGAUGAAGGCCAGCAUCCAGUCAUUCUUCGCGCUUCCUGCGGAGGCCAAGCAGCAGUACCGUCAGCAGGCAGGCCAGCUGGAGGGGUACGGCCAGCUGUUCGUCGUCUCCGAGGACCAGAAGCUGGACUGGGCCGACGUCCUCUACCUCAACACGCAGCCGCCCGAGCACCGGAACCUCAGCUUCUGGCCUGCUGGUGAGAGCUUCAGGCAGACGCUGGACACCUACUCCGCCGCCGUCAAGCACGUCGCCGACCGCCUGCUGGGAGCCAUGUACAUGAACCUGGGCCUCCAGCUGAGCAUCAUGGACAUGGACCCGGAGCGGGGUGCCGGGAUACAGUCGGUGAGGAUGAACUACUACCCUCCCUGCGCUGAAGCGGCGGACAAGGUCCUGGGCUUCUCUCCGCACUCCGACUCGGACCUUCUCACCCUCGUCCUCCAGGUCAACCAGCUCCAGGGCCUGCAGAUCAAGAGGCCGCCCGACGGCGGCGGUGCCUGGGCCUGGCUUCCCGUCACGCCGCUGCAGGGCGCCUUCGUCGUCAACGUCGGGGACGUCCUCGAGAUCUUCACCAACGGGAGGUACAGGAGCGUCGAGCACCGGGCUCUAGUCAACGCCCACACGGAGCGCUUGUCCAUCGCGGCGUUCCACUCUCCCAGCAUCCAUGCCACCAUAGGGCCGCUGCCGGAGCUCCUCGGGGACCAGGAGGUGCCCAAGUAUAAGACGCUGGACCACCAAAGCUUCAUUACGCUCUUCUUCUCCGCCAAGCUCCAGGGCAAGAGCUUCUUGGAACGGAUGAAGAAGCUUUCGUAGAGCCAAUCGGACGGACCGGAAAGUUAAGCAGGCCGACGUAAAGUCGGAUUACAUGUUAUCGGUUCGGCCAUAGCAAUAUAGCACGCAUGUAUGUCCGGAUUAAUUUGGUGACCGACGAGACUAGUUUUGUCUACCAAUUCACUUUUACAUCGAUUUUUAAAUAUAAAAAACUUACAAAACCUGUAUUAGAGUUGUUUUC